AUACGUCUGAAACGUUGGCUGAGGCGCCGGCCACAUGCUUGGCUUCAUUCCCGCAGUCCAUUGGUGACAUCUAACGAGUUUAACGUGAUUAAAAUGUUGUUUUCAAGAGGUAAUCUCUUCUCUGUUCUCAAUAAUUCAUCCUCCGUUAGCUCAGUUGGCUAGAAGAGAACCACAUUGUCACACCAGAGCAUAGCACCAGAGCCCAGUACCAGGGAGCUAGCUAACACCGUCACUCGAAAAUGGCCACCUCCCCCUUUAACAGCGACUUCAAAGCUGAGUCAUUCAUUCUUCACCGAGUAAAUUUAAGGCAGCUAACAUGUUAGCAUGGUGAUCCGUCACCAGUUAUGGUGAGCGAUGGCUCAAUGGUAUCAUGCUAAAGAGCCGUCUUGCCAGCAAGUUGGCAACUCGUUUAUAGCUAACAGUUAGCUAACUCUAGCUAGUUCCUGUGAGAAACGUAUCCAGCCCCCAGUAUGCUGCUGUCUUCCCACUCUUAGUACUAUUUCAUGGGAAUGAGGCUCUGCUUUCAUAAACCUUAUUUAGCAGCUUACUCUGGGACCAACAUUUAACGGGCUGGAUCCUUUUUACCCCGUCAGUGCGCACGCGUUUUAUUGCCCCCGCAGUGGUGUUGGGACGUCGUUUGAUUACAUUACACCAGAGUGCUAAAAUAUACUAUGCUACGUGUUUUAAUGUAGCCGGACGGACUUUGAUUCAAUUGUGUUGUGAGUUAACUGUAAAUGGGGAGGUUGUUUUUCUUCCUGCGUCAUUAAACUACGAGGGGGGGCCUCGCUGGAGAUGUCAAGCAUGUGGUCGCCCGUCGUCACCGCGUGUUUCCUCGGGUGCAGCGACACUGGCCGCCGACAGGACACGCACGCAAAGGUCACUCAAAUGUUAGUUUCUGAUCAACCAAAUGGGAUCUGCUUUGCAAUUUAAGACUCGUGUGGUCUAGAAGACCGGGUCCCGGAUGCUCUCAUCAAAAAGUACAUCACCAUGAUGACUGAGACACCGUCACCAGUUUGAGUGGGACAAACUUUUGGAGAAUGUGCAUUGUUUGAUCAUAAGUGUGACAAAGUCUGACAAGCAGGAAGCUUAUAUACUCAGUGAGAGUAGCAUGUUUGUCUCCAAGAGACGUUUCAUUUUGAAGACAUGCGGAACCACCCUCUUACUGCAAGCACUGGUGCCUCUGCUGGAACUCGCCAGGGAGUACUGCGGUUUCGAUGCCAUCGAGAAUUUCUUCUACUCCCGCAAGAACUUUAUGAAGCCAACCCAUCAAGAGUUCCCUCAUCGAAACUUCCAGGAGGAAGUUGACUUUCUUAGCCAGAUUUUCCCAAAUGGUGCAGCCUACUGUAUGGGACGUUUGAACUCUGACUGCUGGUACCUGUUUACCCUGGACUUACCAGAGUACUGGGAGAACAAGCUUGCGGAUCAGACGCUGGAAGUUCUGAUGAGUGACCUCGAUCCAGCCAUUAUGGACCAGUUCUAUAUGAAAGAUGGUGUUUCUGCAAGUGAUGUCACUCGUAUGAGUGGAAUUCGUGACCUGAUACAAGGUUCUGUGAUCGACGCCACAAUGUUCAACCCUUGUGGAUACUCAAUGAAUGGAAUGAAGACUGACGGAACUUACUGGACUAUCCACAUCACCCCAGAGCCAGAGUUCUCCUACGUCAGCUUCGAAACCAACCUCUCCCAGACAUCGUACGAUGAUCUGGUCAGUAAAGUGGUGGAGGUGUUCAAGCCAGGGAAAUUUGUGACUACGCUUUUUGUCAAUCAGAGCUCAAAGUGUCGCAGUGUCUUUUCUCCUGCCCAGAAACUGGAGGGCUACAAGCGUCUCGACCGCCAGUUGGCUCAAUUCAACGAUUAUAAUUUUGUUUUCACCAGCUACGCCAAGAGCCGCCAGCAGAACCAGCAGAGCUGAGGGUUGAGGAUGAAGAGGCGUAAAAAGAAAGGCGGCCGCGCAGGGCACCCCCCUUGUGGCCGGUGUCACCCCCCAGUAGAGAGCUUGUCCGCCCCCCUCCUCUUCCCCUUCUGCUGUUGUCGUCCAGAAUCUCUUGGUGCUGAGGCGGUCGCGAGCCCUAGUUUAACCUCCAGUUUGAGUUGUUUGCAUUGUUGUACCUGUGACUUAGAUCUCUUGCAUGAAAGCUCUUUUCUCUGUUUCGAUAGUCUAGCUCACUCUUGCUGUGAUCUUGAAGUGCAUGAAGAGGAAUUAAACGCGCUCCGUUUGAGGCUGUCUACUUGUGCCCAGUCCAACAGACUCUUCCUGCAGGUGUCCCCCCUCAUCCCCCACAGACAAGGCUUCCGCCCACACUAGGCCGGAGCCCUGACAUGCUCAGACCAGUACGCCUCUAAUGAUCGAAACUCCACUUUCACUUUUCAAGUUCGACCAAACUCGUCUCUAGCUAAUUGGCUCUCAACAAUUGAUAUUUAUGAAUUCUGAGUGCGCUUUAAAAAGCUGUUUCCUCAUGGUACGAAGAGAAGGCUAACCUUCUGUCUGAUUGAAUGUAUAAGUCAUGGUGAGCUUUUGGGUGUUCUUAUCGUUGUCUUACAGUCGGGACAUGUUUGAGUUCUUUGAAAACUAAUGCCAUACUAGCUGUUUAAUGUUGCACUAUUGGAUUAAAAAGGAUUGCAGAUUAUUGGUCAAUGUAAACUGCACUAAGGCAAACUGGUUUGCUGGGCUUUAAUGCAUUCAUUAAUGUGUGCUCCACUCGACAAUCAUGUAGUCCGUGUGUUUCCCCAUGUAGACGGGCUUUUAAAGUUAUAUGCCUCGAAUAUGUAUGCGUAUGAAUAAUUCAAGAUUUAACAUGCGCACUUUGAUUCACCCAGGCUUCUUUAUUUACAGCAUGCUGUAUCUAUAGGAAGCCUCUGGGUCUUAAACCCCCCCCCCCCCCCCACACGCACACCAGUCAUAUUCAGCACAUUCACAUGAAGUGGUUAAAAGGAAAAUGUUCAAACUGAAUGUAGCACAGCCGUGUAAAGCUGCGGUGUCUGUCCCCUGUCUUUCGAAUGUACACUUCUCUAGAGAAAAGCCUGGACCGGGUUUGAGCUCAGUGUACCACUCCAGUAGCACACGCACACACAAUGCCCUCUGCUGCCCAGCCAUUGUCCAACUGGCAGGGGAGUCCCCUGCCAGUCAGACUGGCAGUUGGCCCCAGAACUGUGACCUGACGAGAGCCGGCCCUCCUGGCUGCGCCCACUCUCAAUGGGAAAUAAUGAAUCGGACACUUUUUGCUUAGUUGCCCAGCAAAGCAUUUUUCUUUUUCCCACAUAAUAUCAUCCUCUGUCUCUUUCCGCCCCAUACAGAAAUCUGUAAGCGCACAAUAGAGGCCCACCAGUCUGAGCAUGCCAGGGUGAUCCCGGAUCAUUCCACAUGUAACCACUGCAUAAACUACCAUUUUAUUAAAUUUAUUGUGACCAGACAUUUUUUGCAGUGAAUUGGUCGAAAAUGUGACUCCCCAGCAGUUUUUUUUUUUUUUUUUUUUUUUGGAUCAAUUCCCUUUGUUCAUUGAGGGGGAAAAUCCUGUGAUACUAUGGUGCAUGUGACUAUAGUGGCGUGUUGCUUGACUGUGUAGUGUAACGUGUCUCUUCCCUUUUUUCUUUUCUUUUUGUCAGUAGGUCUGUGUGCUUCACCUUCCUCUUGUUUUACCAGCUGAUGCAUUUCCUGAUGUGUUUGGGAUAGGUGGGGAAUUCUUCCUUAAGGGGUUAGGUUAACAUGUAUUAAUCUUGUUUCAAGUGCUGAAAGUCGGUUAGGUUUCUUAUUUAUGAUAAAGUGCGGUUUGUCUUCUCUGCCUGCCGUUCGCUUCAGUGUUGUUCAUGAUGCUUCUCCUGCCAGAGAAUGCAGUUUGAAUUUUGAGCCGGAGAAGACAGGCCCGGAGUCUUAACCUGCGUUCAGCCCUUAUGGUGCACUCCGUCUGUUCUUUGGAAACCUGUGUGAUGAUUGCAUCAGCACCUGUAGUAGUGCAUUCAUCACCUGAGUCACUCUGUGAGCUGGUCGGACCAGUUAAUGUAAGAACUAGUAGCGGAGUUGACGCUUGGAAUAAUUUCCCUCUAGUUUUGUCUAUCGUGGCUUUUUGGAGUGGUUUCAUUCUUUUCCUGAGGACCAAUCUCUGCUCUCACAUGAGUGACUCUUGCGUUGCUGUCAAAUGACUGAGGUGAUCUGCCAUGAUGUUCUGGGUCCUUUUCAUGAAGUCGCACAUUUUAGGGAUUUGAACUGUUCAAAAGUACUGAAGCAGUUUCACGCUAACUGUUGUUGGAUUAAGUACAUUUUAGCCUUGUUGGUGUGGAUCAUUAUGCUAUUUUAUUUUUUUAUACAGUGAACUCAAAAUGCAUUUUUGCAGUUGAAUGGUAAUAGAAUUUUAUACAAAAUAUUUUGUAUUUUUGCUCUGGACCAAUUUCUUUUUCUUCCCUUUUGUCCAAAUGUUAAUUUUGUUGUGAAAGCAGUUUGUUCUGAAGUUAUGGGAUGACCUUUUUAAAACUGACUAAAUCCAUGUUUUUUUUUUUUUUUUUCUUCCACCAUCCCUUCCUCUGAAUUCUCUCCAGAGGUGGGGAAGGUGAAAUCCUCCCCUGGGUCAGAGGGUGCAGUUGCAGGAUGUACUGAAGGAGAAACGUUGCUGUUCUAAUUCUUUCUUUUGCUGUUCUUUGGAUGGUCAAGAUGUGCUAAAUAUAUCUGUGCUAUGAGCUUGAUGCUUCAAUAAAAAGAUUCUUAUCUGUG